AAAAAAAAAGAGAAGAAGUAUGUGUACAUGAAAGACCUCUCCAAUGUUCACUUGCUCCAGUUUCUCCAAGAUUAGAAACUGCUACGUCUCUCUCUAUAUCUCUCUCGUUUUGCUAUGUGGUAAUUAACAACAGACAACAGUUUUUGUUUGUCCGUACCGUUUUACUUACUCUCUCACUGUCUUUGUCUAUUACCAAUCUCGUCUCUUUCUUUUUUCCUUCUGUUGUGUUUCUCUCUCUCUCCUUUCUCUAAACCCAAAACAGUCAAAAUCAGGGAAGCCAAAAUUUUCUUUGCUUUCUUCUCCUUUGGUCCUUUCUUUAAACCCGAGACAGUUAGGUUUGUGAGAGAGAGAAUGAUGAGAAAAGCCCUUUCUGUCUGAGUAAGAGGAAACCAAAAUGGAGAUGGGUUCCAACUCGGGUCCGGGUCAUGGUCCGGGUCAGGCAGAGUCUGGUGGUUCCUCCACUGAGUCAUCCUCUUUCAGUGGAGGGCUCAUGUUUGGCCAGAAGAUCUACUUCGAGGACGGUGGUGGUGGAUCCGGGUCUUCUUCCUCUGGUGGUUCAAACAGACGUGUCCGUGGAGGCGGGUCGGGUCAGUCGGGUCAGAUACCAAGGUGCCAAGUGGAAGGCUGUGGAAUGGAUCUAACCAAUGCAAAAGGUUAUUACUCGAGGCACAGAGUUUGUGGAGUGCACUCUAAAACACCUAAAGUCAUUGUCGCUGGUAUCGAACAGAGGUUUUGUCAACAGUGCAGCAGGUUUCAUCAGCUUCCGGAGUUUGACCUAGAGAAAAGAAGUUGCCGUAGGAGACUCGCUGGUCACAAUGAGCGACGGAGGAAGCCACAGCCUGCCUCUCUCUCUGUGUUAUCUUCUCGUUACGGGAGGAUCGCACCAUCACUUUACGGAAAUGCUGAUGCUGGAAUGAAUGGAAGCUUUCUUGGGAACCAAGAGAUGGGAUGGCCAAGUUCAAGAACGUUGGAUACAAGAGUGAUGAGACGGCCUGUGUCAUCACCGUCGUGGCAGAUCAAUCCAAUGAAUGUAUUUAGUCAAGGUUCAGUUAAUGGAGGAGGGACAAGCUUCUCAUCUCCAGAGAUUAUGGACACUAAACUAGAGAGCUACAAGGGAAUUGGCGACUCAAAUUGUGCCCUCUCUCUUCUGUCAAAUCCACAUCAACCACAGGACAACAACAACACAUGGCGAGCUUCUUCAGGUUUUGGCCCCAUGACGGUUACAAUGGCUCAGCCACCACCUGCACCUGGCCAGCAUCAGUAUCUGAACCCGCCUUGGGUAUUCAAGGACGAUGACAAUGAUAUGUCUCCUGUUUUGAAUUUGGGUCCGUACACCGAGCCAGAUAAUUGCCAAAUAAGCAGUGGCACAACAAUGGGUGAGUUCGAGUUAUCAGACCACCAUCAUCAAAGUAGGAGACAGUACAUGGAAGAUGAGAACACAAGGGCUUAUGACUCUUCUUCUCACCAUACCAACUGGUCUCUCUGAGAGAAUCUUCUUACAAUGAACGAUUCUGCAAUAUCUUAUCUUUUGUUUUUUUUUUUUUUCUUUCUGUUAUCUGCUAUUAAUAAACCAGACAAUUGUGGCCAGAGAAUGGCUUUUGAUUUUUUUUGUUAUGCGUGUUGUUGUUUUAUCGCCAUGAAAUCAAAGUUAUGAGAUCAUUCUUAUCUUUAUAA